GCUCAACGUCGCAUACGCGCGUGACUUCUUUGGAACCCAAGGGUCUAUUUUUUCUUAAGACAUCUCUCUCGUAAGCUCCGACGGGUUUUCGAGGCUUCAGCUGUCACCCAAAGCACGAGGCGGUUUGGCAUGGAAGCUGCCGGUAUCCUUCGUUAGAACUGAACAAACACCGAGUAGAAAAAAAGGAGGGUAGAAAAAAAGGAGGGAUUUUGCCAUGCGGGUAAAGAAAGUCCGGGCGUUUAGAGUCAAGGUCGGUGGGCGAAAAACAAAAGACGAAAUUGAAAUUCGAUGAACCCAAGACUCUUGCUCGAUCAGUGAUCGGCAAUCCUACGGUCAAUUCUUGAUCCUGCCCUGAAAUUUCCGUUAUUUGAUGUCCUCAUACGCUCACUGAGCUCCGGUUCUUCGAGAAUAUGCUCUCGUGGCACUAAUUGCCACACAGAUGAACGCUCGCACUGAUUGCUUGGUUGGCCGUAUUCACACCUCGCUCGAUUGAUUGGGAAUAUUGAUCGAUUGAUUGGGAGUAUUGAUCGAUUGAUUGGGAGUAUUGAUCGAUUGAUGGCACCCUGACAGUGUGGUUCGUUUGAUCGAUCGCAUGAGGAGCACGCGGCUGACGGAUUUUUGACUGAUUGAUCGACUAUAUGCAGGCGCACACGAACCAGUUGAUCGAUUUUGUUGAAUAAUAAUUUGAUUGAUUAAUUGAUUGAUGGAUGAAUAGGAUUGAAAAUGAUCGAUCGCCUCUUUCAUUCCCCGAUCGGUAAGGAGAUCAGUCGUACGGCGGUUGACGAGAAAGGAAGGAAAGGGACCGAUUGAUAUUCAUACAAUUUGAGAUAUAAUUGUUACCAGAAAAAAAUAGAUUUAAUCAUAUUGCCAAUUGGCUGUAUUAGACAAGCUGGGGAUUAUGGUUGUGCAAGGGAGGGGGAAGGGGAAGGAAAGGGAGAAUAGAAGGUGAUGGGAAGCUGAAAGAAGCGAGGCGGCGUAGAACGAGUAUAGUCAAUUCUAGUUUAGUGAAGACUGACAAUUUCGAUUGCUGGAAGGCAAGAAGAAGAAGAAUAGUGAAUAGUGAAUAGUGAAAGAGGGGCCAACUGCCUUUCGUACACGCUUCAACAGUUCAUCCAUACACAACCGCGCAUACUCAUCUCAGCUAACGCGCAUAGAAAGGAGCAGGAGACGAAGAAGAGGAAGAAGCGACUCCUGGAAGACGAAGGGGAACAAGAAUAAGAAGAAGAAAGAGAAGGAGAAGGAGAAGGGGACGAAGAGGAAGAAGACCUGCAGCAGGAUGUGGCGAGCUGCGACUCCUGCUGCUUCUUGUGCCGCGCCCAACCUUUCUGGACCGACAGUUUGUGGGAAAGAGUUAGCCGCUCGAAGCAGCAGUAACAGCCACCUUGGGGGUGACGAUAGUAGUCUGGCCCACAGAUCUCAUACACGUGGCGUCAGUGGAGGGCAGCAUGUCGUAUUGUUGCAUGGAAGAGCGGGGGGCUGCAAUACUGGCACCUGUGAGUUUUUCGUGCGCUGCGAUGGAACGUAUGAUUACGGCCGGAGUUUCGCGGUGAAACAUCGCCGUCGUCGCCUACGGACUGCCUCUACGUUGCAAAUCUCUCGAAUCUCGUACGCUGUCACUCACAUGCAUGUCUACCACCAUCCACCUCGUGGAACGCGUUUGCCCCCUCGACGGCAUGAUUUUUGUUCUCGUCAUCAUCAUUUUACGGAUCGGUGUGAAUAUCCUUACGCUCGUCAUCGACCUUUUGGCGCGCUUGUCGAGGGUCCACCUCAGCUUCGUGUCUCGUUGGCCAACAGUAGUGACCCGUUAAGAACUCGUAAAUUUGCCUUACGCGACAGUUUUCAACUUGAAAUUGCCUUCUCCGCUUCACUUAAACCCUCCCUUUCUUCUUCUUCUUCUUCAUCUUCUUCUUCGUCUACGUACACCUGUACAUCGUCUUCGUCUUCCUUCUUCUCCUCCUGCUGCGACAGCUCGGCGCGCUCCGUCGGAUCAGCGGGCGGGUUAGCCUCUGCGUGCCACGUGCUUAACUCGAAUGCGCCUUUAGAUCGGCGGCAGGGUUUGCAUUAUUUCUUGCGGUUUGAACCUGGAUUCCAUUGGCGGGGGGGAGGGAGUUUCCUUUGCCGAGCAGUGAAGGGGAAUCGGGAGGGGGAUAUAGGAGAAGGAGAAGGUGAUGAGGUCUCGAACAAGAGGGAGGAGGAGGAGGAGGAGGAUAAGGAAGAUAUCAAAGCAGCAGACGGUUCUAAAGGUGGGGUCGAGAUGGACGACGACGAAGCGGAGAGUGUGAACAAGGAUGUCGAGGGAGCGUUACCGGACGCCGAAAUCCCGCCAACGUCAGACGGAUUUCUACGGAAAGUAUCUUCUCCAACAUAUAGACUCGCCAGUCAACUAGAGCAAGUUCUCGAGACCAACUACGACGUGUUGGAGCAGAACCCAUGGGUAGAAAGCAAUAAGCCAGUCUAUGUAUUAGCGAAGGAGGAGACAGCCUUGGUAACCAUGAGAACACGCUGGUCUAGAAGUGAGGUGGAGAAAGAGCUGGGCUUGUUAUUUCCAAAACGUGGCAGCAGACGAGGAUCGAAUGGACAACCAAGGAGCUCAGAUCAUGCAAGUGCAAAGAAAGGGGGUGGAAGCAUCCGAGGGCAGGGGUCUAAGGUCAGUACAGGAUCAGAACUUGCAGGUGUUCGCAAGGAGGAGGGACGAUUCCGCAUGCAUGUUGAAGACAUGAGAGAAGGUGUUCUGGUCUUUGAGGAUGGGGAGGAGGCUGCUCGGUAUUGUGAUAUCCUUGAAGGAUCUGGCCUCAACUGUAUGGGAGUUGCUGAAAUCAAUGCCUCUGAGGUGUUCGCACUGUGCCAGCGUUCCAAAGCACUUGCUGUGCUUUUCAGGCAAGGAGCAACCCCCCCUCCACCAAGUCGAUUGCAGAUGAAUCUGAAGGCUCGAAAAUGGUCGCUGGAGGAAGAUGAUUAAUCAUUAAUGUGAUCCACAAUCCACACAGCACAGAGGUCUGUAACUUCCCAACGAUUCCGACACCCAGAACGAAAGGCUUAUUAUAAUUAUCAUUCAUAAGAUUUCAUAUCAUCUUGCACAGCAAACCCACACCUUCGCAAGAGGAUAACUCCCUAUGCUAUAGGUAUAGGGCCCCCUAUGCUAUAGGUAUAGGUAUAUGCCAGCCAUAGCUGGAAUAAAUUGAGGAAAUGGGGUUUCAUGAUCGUCAAUCAGUCCAUGCUUUGUUGUUUAUUAAUGACAAACACGGAUUCCGAGGCGCCGCACAGGACUAUCGUUGGCGAUAACCAAGGAUGUCAGAUGUCGGGACAUGAAAGUCCCUUACUCUCUUGCUUUGGGUCAUUCUUUUCAUUUCGGAAGGCGGGGAGUUGCCUCAUGUUGUAAUAGACAAAUUUGUGUAGUGACUGUAGCCGCUGCCGCUGCACCCUCGUGUCGUCAAUGGCUGUGAGGAUCUGAGAUAACUCAGCUGUAUAGAGACGUGAAGAGUAGGAAAGGACGGGUUAUGUACGUGCAAUCUUCAUCGCAUCAAUGGCUGUCAUUUUCUGGGGUAACCCAGCUGUAUAGAGAAGUGCAUAGUAGGGCGGGAUGGUUUGUGUGCGUUGUUUCGAAAUUAGAAGCAUUGAAAGAACUGAGCAUUGCACAACCAUUGC